AUGUGUAUCUUUGAAAAUCAUGAGUAUGAUCUGACUAUUGAAGCAAGUGUCUAUGAGGAAGAGAUGGAAGAAAAUUCCAAGGAUAAUGAGAUAGAAGAUGAAGAUACGCAACCUUUGACUAUUUGGAAAGGUGAAAGCAAAGAAAUAGACAAGCAAGUUGACUACGGUCAAUUUUCUUGUACUCCAAAUAACAUGCCGGGAGACACAAAUGGAGAUGAGAUGUCUAACAUUGACGGUGAGUACAUGCCCGGAGACUCAUGUAGUUACGGUGAUGAUGAAGAAGCAACCCAAAUUCAUAAGAAAUUUAAGGAUUUCAAGAAGAAGAUAAAGAAGGGUGAGGCAGCAAGCUUAGAUGAUGUGAUAUAUGAAGGUGUUGAUUCUAGGCCUCAAAAUGAACAAGAGGAUGAGGAUGAUGGCAACAACACUCCAUAUUUAGAUAGUAGUGAUGAGAAUCUAUUGAUGAGUUAG